UACAUACAUAAAUAUUUUGUGUAACAAAAUGAUACGUGCAAUUAUUUUCUUUGCUAUUUGGGUGUUGGCUGCAAUUUGUCGCGCGGAACAAAAAACCACCACAGAUUGCUCAAAGUUACCUAAAUCAAUUGCCCCUCAAAGUUGCUGCCGCUUUCCGGAACCGUUUCAAAAUCCCAUAUUAGAUGAAUGCUACAAUUUGCAUAAUGACAUAGGACAGUGCUUUGUGGAAUGCCUAUUCAAUAGAUCCGGUAUUUGUCGUCAAGGAAAAUGCAGUUAUCAACGUGCCAUCGACUAUCUCGAUCGCGAGUUUGCGCUACAGCAGUCAGCUUUCAAAGAAAUUUACAAGCGUGCUUUCAAGAAGUGUAUUGCAAAAGCAAAUGAUGUACUCGGAAAUAUGGUAAAACGUUUUAGUCGCCAUGGCUGCCAUCCUUUACCGGAAAUCAUACGAUUUUGUGUGCGCAAUGAAAUGUUUACUUCCUGUCCAAAUGGUUAUUGGAACAAUAGAGUGGCCGGAUGCAGUAAGAAACGAGAUUUUAUACGAAAUUGUAUUAAAGAAAAUUUAUGAAGAAGAAAUUAUGACUAAGUAAAUAUGUAUAUGCAAUCUAAAAAUUUAUGGACAUACAUAAAUAAAAACAGAUUUUAGAA